AUGACUGACCAAAUAGCUCACGAGCCUUACUUUCCGCCCGACCUGGAGCGGCUGAUAUUUCGACUGGCUGCAGUCAACAGCAACCCGGACGGCAUCCGCGUACUUAUGCUGGUCGCGUGGCGCGUCAAAGACUGGGUUGAGCCUCUACUCUACCGUGCCAUCGUUAUUGGACCGUUUCCACUGGGAAGCAUCUCCUCAACCAUCCCGCUAAUCACUUUUGAGACUUUCGAUCGUGUCGUCGAGCUGAAAGGCCGAUCGUGGCUUGCUCGCACUGUACAACAUCUUCUCUUGAGCAGUCUGCGUCCGGCAGAGAUAACCAAGGUGCUCCAAAUCUGCACGGGUUUGCGGCGCAUCAUGGUUUUCGCAGUCGCCUCCUUCCAUGGGGCGCUCGAUCCGGUCAGCGGCCUCAGGGUCUUCCAGGGGCGCCUGAGCGACUUCUUUGACCUGGCUGCAUUGCAGUACCAAAUCUCACAUCGUCCGUGUCUUGCGCAUCUGACCCAUGCCGAAUUCCUCGACGAAGUUUCAUUAUCCUCCGCAGAUAACGAACGCCUUUGGCAGGACGUUCUUUUGCUGCCGUCGCUCACGCAUCUCGCUUGUUCAACCAACCAAUGGAAUGCGCUCCCAUCGCAGAUGUCAGACCAUGUUGUUGCCGCCCUCUUCCCAGCGGGCGGGCUUCAGGUUUUUGCACUAAUCCGUUAUGUUGCCGGUGGAGGAUCGAAGGAGCUUCGAUUGGGUCUUGCCCUUCGAAGGCAUCCGGGCUUCGUGUUUCUGGCCGAUGGGAUAGGUUUCUGGGCACGAAACUGGAGCGACGGAACUACGAUGAAUAGAAGCGGCGAUUAUUGGAUGCAAGCGGAAGACUUCGUCCAGAAACGCAUUGCUGGUACAAUUGACAAAGACAAUUAUGCACUUUAUACACCUCAUCCAAUAAUUUGA